GACAGACCUACGCUUCAAAGGCUUCGCCCGACUAUGGUCGCACUGCGGUAAACCCAUCCCAUGCACCGCCCAUCCCUUUCUACAGCAUCCCACGUGAUACACCCCUUAGAGACAAACGAACAAGAAAACAGAGCCCACAAUAACACACACUCCUAAACAGGCGAAGAACUAUCCACCGAAAUGCCAGGCCCCAUAACCAAACUACUCAGCACCUGCUCAGGCCUCGUCCUAGACAUCGGCCCAGGCAGCGGUGAGCAACUUCGACACUUCACGCCCUCCCGCAUCACGGCUGCGUACGGCGCCGAGCCGGCCGCCGACCUGCACCCCAAGCUCAUCUCCACCGCGGAGAAGGUCGGGUUCGCAGGCGGUAAGUAUCAUGCGCUUUUGUGCGGCGCGGAACCGGAAUCGCUCAUCCCCGCGUUACACAAGAACGGGUUGCUUGCGACGGCCAAGAGCGGGACGGGAGGAGGAGCGGCGGGGAACAGCGCCGCCGGGAGCGAGGUCUUUGAUGAGAUAUGCAGCGUCCGGGUGCUCUGCGGCGUGCCGCGUCCGCGGGAGACGGUGAAGGGUUUGUAUGAGCUGUUGAAGCCAGGGGGGAGGCUGGUCGUGUGCGAGCAUGUGGUGAAUCAGAGGAGUGCGUUUGCGAGGGGGAUGCAGAUGCUGUAUAUGCUGCUUGGGUGGUCGUUCUUCAUGGGCGGGUGCGAGUUGCAGAGGGAUACGGAGAGGUUUCUCAGAGAGGCUGGGGAGUGGGAGAGGGUGGAGAUUGAACAGGUGGGGUCUAUGGAUACGAUUCCGUACAUUGUUGGGGAGUUGUUCAAAAAGGAAAGGUGAUACAGUAAUGCUUGGUUGAUCAGUACACUUGGUCACAAAUUGUACGGUGGGUUUGCUUAGUCCUUCAGUUGUUGAAUGUUCUACGGAGUACUGCGCAGGAAAUGAAGAUGGACCAGCGGGGUAUGACGAUUGCAAUUUGUAAACAGAAAAGUUCAAACAUGCCAGAGAAAAGGAAAAGGCAAUUGUGUUGAAUUGCAAAGUUGUGGUGGCGGAAGACUUGCUUCAGCCCAGGACCAAAAAAAGGAGGAUUAGGGCAUCGCUGAUAAUGAAAAGCCCCAUGAAGAACAUGUAGAAAAACACACCUGAGCGAAAAUCGCUCCCGGUGUUA